UAGUUCGGGUCCAUCUUUGUUUGGAAUUAGAUCUUAAGCCUCCCAUUCAAUCAUGACGUGGGUGAUCUUCUGUCCAUUGGCUGUCUGUGCUUUACAAAUAGUCUUUGCAGCUGACUUAGCUAACCAUAUUGCUGCUUCGAUUGACAGAUCUUUAGCUCCAAUGAUUGAGACCAAUUAUGAAACAGACAAUGCUAUUUCGGCUGUAGCUGAAACUGUAAAGAAUAAAGAAAUAAAUUCCGACGAACUAGUAUACGAAUGUACUAGUACACUACGUGAUGCUGCAGAAAAACUUGCCAGAAGUUCUAAAUACAAACAGCAGCAAUGUGAAAAGUAUUAUCGUGAAGCCAAAAAUAUUAAAGAUAUUCAGUUUGCUGAAAACUUCUGUAAGAAACUGGCUGAGGAAUACAAAAGAGAAGCAAAUUCAUAUGUUAGUCAGACUAAGACAUGCAUUGCAGACAUAGCAAAAAAAUGCGCUAAAUCUGCAUCCGAAUGCCGUAAAGAGGUAGAAAAUAAACAAAAAGCCCGUGAUAAGGAGUAUCAGAUAGGGGAAAAAGUCAGACUGCCCCCAAAUAUGAAGUAA